AUGAAGGUCGAGAGAGUGCUGCUAGUCGUCAUCGCCUCAGCGUCGGCUGCUCCUCAGUUUCAGUUCAAUGACGCACAGUCACAGGCGAUGCCCUACGAAUUCGCUUACGGCGUGAACGUCGAGACCACAGGAGACGUGAAGGAACACAAGGAGUCUGUGUCUCCUUCGGGCAGAACCGAAGGUGAAUAUCGCUGGCUUCAGCCCAAUGGACUUUACAGAGUAACGCGAUACUUCGUAGACGGAGACGGAGGAUACCAAGCCACAGUGAGCGAGGAACCCGGAGACCAGGUGUCCAACUAUUACUUCAGUAGUCUGGCCAACGUCGGCUCCUCCACCAAUACACAGCUGUCACAGCAGGGCUUCAGCAGCUCACAGUCGUCAGGCAGCGGUGCAGCAUUCACUGGAUCCCAGUUUUCAAGCAACCAGCAAGCAUUUGGCACUUCUCAAUUUUCUGGGAAUCGGCAAAUCUUCGGGAAUUCACAGGCAUCAGCAAACCAAGCAGCCUUCGGGGAUUCGCAGUUUUCAACGAACCAACAAUUCCUUGGAAACUCGCAGUCUUCCCUCGAUCAGAACCGCUUCCUCUCUUCGCAAACUUUCCAAAACCAGCUGAAUUCUCAGACUGGAAACUUCGGCAGCAGCAUCAUUGAUGGCGGUGUGAUCAAUGGCGGCGUCAUUGACGGAGGCAUCAUUGACGGGGGCGUCAUCAACGGAGCGAAUUUCGGAAGCAGCGACGCUUUCAGUAACACCAACAGUUUCAAUCAGGGUGUGACAACCUUCCAAACUUCAGUGGCUGACAGGGGCACCUUCAACAGAGGGAAUUUCGGAGGCAGCGACGCUUUCAGUAACACCAACAGUUUCAAUCAGGGUGCGACAACCUUCCAAACGUCAGUGGCUAACAGGGGCGCCAUCAACAGAGGGAAUUUCGGAGGCACCAACGCUUUUAGUAACAGCAACAGCUUCAAUCAAGGUGUGACAACCUCCCAGGCAUCAGUGGCUGGCAGGAGCGACAUCAACCGAGGCGUUGCUGUCAUUCUGGCUGGCAGAUCUUUGCGUGACUCUUUCAGGGGUUGAAACGGGUCAGUUUUCUCAUUGUGUUAAAUAAUUUGAAAACAUGUGUAUCUACCGUGUAUCUGUGUACUAUGCGUUUAUUAUAUGCUGUUAUAUUGACUUUAUAGGUACCUUGUUAUGAGUUAGCAGAAAAGGAAUAAAAUUAUAAGGAAAGACA